UUUUACCACGGAGAAAUUUUAGAUUCCUGUGGGAAUCCAAAAAAAAUAAAGUUAACACGGACAAAGUCGCGGGUGGCCGCUAGUAAUCACCAUAUUGUUUUGUAUUAUAAAGCACUACCUGUCAUAUAAUAAUGGGCAUAUAUCAUUGAUCUUAAUAUUCACCGGUGUACCUUUAUGGUGUAAUAAAUUAUGCAAAUGUCCAAUUUGCCUGAUAACUGGUCAAGUGCAAUAUUUACGGAUGCCAUAAAAUUGACCCUUGUUUUCUUAUCAUCCAUUUGUAGUUUAGUUUUAUACAAACUGGCACACUGUAAUGUUGAUUAAUAAACAUAAUUGGAAAAUGAAUAAGAACUCAAAUGAAGUCGAUUCAAAGGCGGACGGGUUGUUACCUACAUUCAAGGAGAAAUGUGUGUCAUGUAUCAAAGGUCCAAACUUGGCCAAAACCAUAGUUGUCGCCAUCUGCUUCGGCGUCCUCGUACAACAACUCUCGGCAUGUGUAAGGAAAUUGGCCCAUAAACCGAUAACAACAUACACGCAUUUUGAUUUCAACAAGACGAUAGCGUACCCCAGCGUCACACUCUGUCGGGAACCACCAUAUAAGUUUGAUAAAAUGAUGGAAUACGGUCUGUACGCCCACCCUCGAUUCACGUCUAUGUGGGUAAAUUACAACUUCUCUAUUCCGCUAGACCAGCUGUGGGAAGACAUCACCUACAACCCAGACGAGAUAUUUCAGCAGUACGGGUUGGAUGGGUCGAUGGAUAAUGUGGAGGUUAAGACCUACAUUGGUUUCAUACAUGGCCGUUGCUAUACGCUGUCUCCCAAGGUUUUGAGUACCAGGACAGCAAGACGUACCGGUUACUCCAUCACCCUAGUGCACAAUGCUGAUGACAUUGCCAACACGAUUGGUGUCGACCCUCCCGGGUACCACGUUUACAUACAUUACACAAGGGAAUCCUUUACUGAGAUCCCCGUGCACAACGGUGGGCUGGUGAAUUAUUUUCAUUUCAAAGUGGGCGAGACCAUUGACGUGAGCCUUACAGUCAACCAGUACGUGAUGAUCAGCAGCAGUGACGACCCCUGCGUCGACAACGACAGCUACAGCGCCAAUAAUUGUACCACCCGGCGUGUCUGGAGUGAAGUAGAACGAAUCGCUGGGUGUUCGGGACCAUGGUUAUUAGGAAGCGACUUACCGGCCUGCCAUAACUUCACAACGAUGAGAAGAUUGAUCUCAACUUAUAUGAGCUUCAUCGAGAGCCAUAACUUUAGCGUGUGCCCGCGGUUCUGUCGCUCGUAUCUCUACAAUGGCUUUAUCAACGAUCGCCAUUCGUUCGCCUGGGAUGGGCAAACCAAGCUGUGGACGGCAAAGAUAGGGAACGAUGCUUUGCAGACUCAGUUUUACAUAUACUUCAAUACAAUGAUGGUGUCCGUUUUCGAAGAACGUUAUAAUUACGAUUGGAAUACAUUCAUGUCAGAUCUUGGAGGGAGUGUGGGUUUUCUUCUUGGGCUCUCAGUUAUCAGCAUCAUGUCGAUCUUAGGAAAAUUUUGGGCGAUCUUUGUCAAACCAAAAGUCAAGAGCUCCAUUGACUCAAAUGCUGAAGUGAAAAUCAAGAGCUCCAUUGACUCAAACGCUGAAAUCAAAAUGAAGAGCAACGUUGACGCAAACGCUGAAAUCAAAAUUAGGAGCCCCAUUGACUCAAACGCUGAAAUCAAAAUGAAGAGUCCCAUUGACUCAAACGCUGAAAUCAAAAUUAAGAGCCCCAUUGACUCAAACGCUGAAGUGCCUACCGAAAAAAAGUCUUACCAGGAAAAUAGUAUCACAUGUGUGGAAAAGGAUGUGUUAAACCUUAGUUAUUAGUCACUGGCCUUAUUAAAUGCUGCAUUUUAAUAUAUAAGGAUUAAUUUACCAAGAUUUUUGUGAUCCAAGCAAAAUAUUUACAACUUAACAUGAAACAAUAAAAAUAUUUGUAAAUCCA